AUGUCCCACCCAAAGCACAAGAAACAAGCAGAAAAAUCCGACAGGUCGGAGUUCUUCGCGGCCCGAGCCUCGACGCCGAAAGCUACAGGCCUGCUGGACCAGGCCCAAGAUGGCGACGGCGGGAACGACACACUGCCGCUAAGGACGCCCACGGGUUCCCACAACCUGCCAGUCACGCAAGACUUUCUGCAGACAUGCUUGGAGGAUAUGUCCAGCAAAAUCCUGGCGUCCAUCCAAAGCACUCUGAGGGAACUCAGCAAAGACGUGCAGGAGCUGGGGGACAGGACCGCACGGGUGGAACAGCGCGUGGAGGAGCAGACAUCUGUUCAUAACGAGCUGGCAGACCAAGUGCACAACCUGCAGCAGUUACUGAACCAGUCCCAAAGGAAAAUCAUGGAUCUGGAAGACCGCUCACGAAGACAAAAUCUGCGAAUUAGAGGCAUACCGGAGGAGGUGUCUCAACAAGAUCUGCACCCCUUCCUCAUAGAGUAUUUCAAAGCACUGACCCCCGAGCUACCAGCGGAGAUGCUGA